UUCAGUGGUGGACGCAUGAUGAGCGGGUACAGAGACCAAUGAAAAGGCGGAAAGGAGGAUUCCGCGCGUGUGGGCGUGAAGAGGUGCUAACGAGCAGGCUGUUUGUCCAAUGAAAGGUGAAAGUCUCUGAAGUGGGCGGGGGCGAGGCGUGAGGAGGCGGGCGUGUGUGGUGGCCGAGCGUGUGCCAUGGCGGAAUCUGUGGGGAAGCGGGGCCGCUGGUCCCGAGGUAGCGGUGCCGGCCGAAGGGGUCGGGGCGACCGGGGCGGCCGGGGCCGGCGUCCUCGGGCUCAGCGGUCUCCAGCCUGUGGCACUCUGGACGUGGUGUCUGUGGACUUGGUCAGCGAUAGCGACGAGGAAAUUCUGGAGGUCGCCACUGCUUGCGGUGCAGCUGAUGCGGUUGAGGUUGCGCCCCCGGAGACCCCCGGGCCGGCCGCGUCCCGGGAUGACAGCGACACUGACAGCGAAGGAGCGGACGCGCGGCCUGCAGGACCCCCGCGGGAGCCUGUCAGGCGGCGGCGCCGGCUGCUGCUGGAUCCAGGGGAGGCGCCGCUGGUUCCGGUGUACUCGGGGAAGGUUAAAAGGAGCCUUCACCUCAUCCCAGAUGACCUAUCCCUCCUGAAACUCUAUCCUCCAGGGGCUGAGGAAGAGGCGGAGCUGGCAGAUAUGAGUGGUCUCUACCAUGAGGACUCCCCAUCACCAGGCUCUCCCUGGAAGACAAAGCUGAGGACUAAGCAUAAAGAAGAGAAGAAAAGGACAGAGUUUCUGAAUCAGGACAGCUCUCCUCUGCCCCUGUCUUCACAAAGAACCAAAAGCAGAAAGCAUACUCGGGCACUCAAGAAAUUAAGGGACGUGAACAAGCGCCUCCAGGAUCUCCGUUCUUGCCUGAGCCCCAAGCCACCUCAGGGCCAAGACCAGCAGGGCCAAGAGGAUGAAGUGGUCUUGGUGGAAGGGCCCAUCCUCCCAGAGACUCCUCGACUCUUCCCACUCAAAAUCCGGUGCCGGGCUGACGUGAUCAGGCUUCCUGUCAGAAUGUCGGAGCCCCUGCAGAGUGUGGUGGACCACAUGGCCGCUCACCUUGGGGUGUCCCCAAGCAGGAUCCUUUUGCUUUUUGGAGAGACAGAGCUAUCCCCUACUGCCACUCCCAGGACCCUAAAGCUCGGAGUGGCUGACAUCAUUGACUGUGUGGUACUAGCAAGUUCUCCAGAGGCCACAGAGACAUCCCAACAGCUCCAGCUCCGGGUGCAGGGGAAGGAGAAACACCAGACAUUGGAAGUCUCACUGUCUCGAGAUUCCCCUCUCAAGAUCCUUAUGUCCCGCUACGAGGAGGCCAUGGGGCUCUCGGGACAGAAACUCUCCUUCUUCUUUGAUGGGACAAAGCUUUCAGGCAGGGAGCUGCCGGCUGACCUGGGCAUGGAAUCUGGGGACCUCAUUGAGGUCUGGGGCUGACACCCCCAUCCCUGUUUGAAGGCCCAGCCUGGACUUGGGGAGAAUGAUUCCCCCUUUUUAUCCCAUAAGGGCUUGCAGAAGCUGAGGUAGAACUUAUCUUUAAGCUGCAGCAAAAUCAAGGAGUGACCUUUGUCCCCUCUCCUGUUGACCCCCAUUUAGAGCCGUUAACCACUUGGUGAGUCCUGUGGGUGUUGUUGCUCUGGGUGGCCUGUGGCUCUGUCUACAAGUCAUACUGGGUUUUGCAGCCCUGUGACAUGGAGAUGUCCCCUCACCCUUCCCAUCGUCCUCCUUCCCUCACGGAAAUGUCUGCUGUAUGAAACUAUGCACAUACUGAAAGUGAAUUGAAAUAAAUGAGGGUUGGGUAUGAGCUUCCAGGCCUGGGAUUUACACCAUGCCUAGCCCAGUAGAGGCCUUAGUGCCAUCUGAGGCUUAGGACUGACAUUUGCUUGAGGCUUAUACACUAGUGUGGUUGCCUGGCUUGCAGGAAAUGACCAAGCUCCCACAUGUUGGCUGAAGCGUAAGCAGACAACUGGGGGACUCUUUUGAAGGGCAAAGCUGGUGGAUUCUCAGCCCAGGGUGUCUUCCUCAUCCCAGGACCCUUCAGAGCCACCCUUUCUAGUUUACACUUUCUGGUGCACACAUUUAAGGCAUAACAGCACAUUCAGCCCUUUGGUUUUGGAUCUCAGGAAUACGUCCCACGUGAGGAUUCUCUGGUUUUAUGGCUUUUUUUCCAUUUCUUUAUACCAUCCUCUCCCAUAAGCACCCAUGUCUUUAAAUAUGAAUGUAUUAUUGUAAAAUACCA